AUGGGCUUUGCCAAAUGGGGCUCUGUCUUUUGGGCUUUGAUAGUGCAGUCAGGUUCUGCCAUGGAUCGCUUAUCUCCCGAAGACAAGGGUGUAGUGGAAGUACCCGCUUGGCUGUCCGAAGAACCCACCUUGCCGGCUACUAAGAAGCGCCCGGCAUCUUCGACGGAGGCUCCUAAGCCAAAACGGCCCUUCUUUAAGAAGAUGGGUCCGGCCGACGUUGUCACCAAGCCGUCGGUACCAAAACCGUCCGCUCCCCCGGCUGAGGGGGAGGUUCCUCCUAUCCAGACGCCCAUUCCUCCUCCUGCGAAAAAGGAGGUUCCUUCCCAGGUGGACGCCGAAAUGGAUGGUACUGCCGGAGCAGCUGCUGACGAGGCAGCAGUCGAUCAGACUGCGGCGGCUGACGCCACCGCCUUGUCCAGAGAGGACAAGGGUAAAGGCAAGGAGACUGAGGCUCCUUCUACUGAUAAUGCCUCUACUCCUCCUGCAGCUUCGCCAAUUGGUUAG